UUCGUUGCAGUCGUAACCCUAUUGAUAAUCGAAUCCAGUUAACCAGCGGAAUUGGAGAUUAAUUACAACAACAACGCUGAGUGAUUGUGAUCUGUGAUAAUUAAACAAUAAUAAUAAUAGCCAGAUAAAAAUGGCAUACCUAAUCAGAAAUGUGAUAGACGGAUAUCAUGAUCUUAUGGACAACAAAAGUGAUCCUAGGGUCAACGACUGGUUCCUCAUGAGUUCGCCGUUCCCCACGUUAUGUAUGUGCUUAUCGUAUGCUUAUAUUGUCAAAGUACUAGGACCGAAAUUAAUGGAAAAUCGAAAACCGUUCGAUCUUAAAUAUAUCUUAAUUUUCUACAAUCUAGUUCAAGUAAUUUUUAGCUUGUAUUUGUUCCAUGAGAGCGCCGUGGCGGGAUGGCUCAACCACUACAGUUUCAAAUGUCAACCCGUGGACUACUCACGAAACCCCCUCGCCAUGAGGAUGGCGCAAGGCUGCUGGUGGUACUUCAUUUCCAAGUUCGCCGAAUUUUUUGACACGUUUUUCUUUGUCCUGCGAAAGAAAAACGACCACAUUUCCACCCUCCACGUGAUCCACCAUGGAGUAAUGCCAAUGUCGGUUUGGUUCGGAGUCAAGUUCACCCCAGGCGGUCACUCCACGUUCUUCGGCUUCCUCAACACGUUCGUGCACAUCAUCAUGUAUACGUACUACUUGGUGGCGGCGCUGGGACCGCAGUACCAGAAGUACUUGUGGUGGAAGAAGUACCUCACCACUAUCCAGAUGAUUCAGUUCGUGUUGGUGAUGGUCCACGCCUUCCAGCUUCUCUUCAUCGACUGCAACUACCCCAAGGCGUUUGUGUGGUUGAUCGGAUUACACGCGGUCAUGUUUUAUUUCUUGUUCUCCAAGUUCUACAAAAAGACUUACGUCAAACGAGAGAAGAAAGUCAAAGUUGAGAAGGAACAAAACGAAGUGAAACCUAAGUCGAAUAAUAUUGGUAUUUGCUUCACCACGCAGACGGCGUUGUAUGAAAAAACUAACGAUGUUAAAGAUAUGUCGGAAGGGUAUACUUCCGAUGGGAAUAGGCUACGGAAUCGAGUGUUCAUUGAUAACCCCAGAGCGUAGUAAAGAGUAGGAUUAUUUUCUAAUUUACUUUGUGUAGAUUAUGCAUUACCAAUUUAUUUCAUCACACUAGUUGUACAAGAAAUGUUAUUAAGUACAAAAAGCAGUUGAAAUAACGGACUGUCUUUCAUGUGAAGACGCAUUUUUGAUUGUUUAAAUAGGUAUCUGUAUAGAUACAUGUUGUCGAGUUUUGUGACUCAUUUUCUUGGGACUGUUAUUUUCAAACAGCGAAAGAAUGUUGGCUUCUGACGUAUUUAAUUUAGGAGUUAGUGUAAAAAUAUUUAUUGUAAAUUUUUGUAAAAUAAACGGCAUUAUAGUUUUCAAAA